AUGUGUGGUCCCCGCACAAACUUCGAAAACCAUGCCCAGGCGCUCAGAAAAAGAUACCAGCGGAAGAUCGUCCUAGAUUUCCUGAACAAGAUGGAAAAACUGGCGAACUCCAGCUGGGUUGAUCUUCGAGCCAGCCACCAUGGCCUUUUCGUACGUAUUGCUAAAAUGAGUCACAAUGAAGCUGAUCUCCGUUCGUUCCUCAAUGCCCUCAACACGGAUGAAAUUCACAAGGUGGCCGGAUGGACAUCUGAGAUGAUUUUGUUUGGUCGAAUGGUUGCUUGUCAUUAUUUGACAAUCAACACCCUCCAACGAAUGAUUCAUCGGAUUCCAUGGGGCCCUUAUAAGCCUGCUUUGUGUAAGCUUCUGUUUCUGUUGUGGUCUUUUUGA